CAUUCGGUAUACUUGCAGGUACAUUGACGUUUUUGGCCCCCUCUUGCCGUCAUUUAGUGUAAGUGCGGGCAACAUGGCGGCCCCCGUAAGGAUGCUCCUUUUCUCCGCGUUCAGACACUCCUGCCGGCGAUUGAGCACGACGCGGGUAGCUCAAGGGGGUGAAAAGUGGAGGAAAGAGCAUGGACUCGCACGCAGUGGCAGCGAAUAUGGGCCUCUAACAGAUCUCCCCGAUUGGUCUUUCGCAGAUGGCAGGCCAGCACCACCAAUGAAGGGCUUUUUGAGAAGAAGACAGGAGAGGGAAGAAUUGGCAAGGCGCAUCGUUAUGCUCAACUCAGAGAUCGACAGAGGCAUUGAGUCGUGGCAACAAAGGCAGGAAGAAGCUCGAAGAAUCGAGGAGCACCAAAAGUCUCUGCUGCUCAAACCAAAAGGAAAGCUACUCAGGAAAAAGAAGGAGCCUGGCAAUUAGAAACAGCCUGGUAAAUAAAUCCACUUCCCUAUUUUGUCAUUGUGAAACGUCAAGUUCCGUGUGGCAUUUUCGUACAAUAAAUGAUAUCAACUGAUUUGGGGCUAUAUUUGGGUAUUUUCUGCUGGUGAAGUUUAUCCAGCUUCCACUGGAGGGCAGCAUUUCUCCACCAAAGGGGGCGGCAAUUGGUUGGCUCAAGCGCCAUUUUGUCCACUCUGCAAAGGGAGCCUCUGGGCAGGGGUGGACACAGUAUGGUCCGGGGGCCAUAUGCGGCCCACUCUCUUCUUUAAUCUGGCCCACCAAGCGUUUCUAUUAAUUCAGUCAGUAAUUGUAUUCAUUUUUUAAAACUAACUACAAUUUAAUUAAUGUAUAUAUUUUUAGUGUCAGUGUACCUUGUUAAAUUAUUUACUGUCAACAAAAUAAAUGUAUUUUGUAAUGAAAGAA